AUGGCGAAGAUUAUUUUGAGAAGUUUGGAUAUUGCGUUGUAUAGAGUCGAGGAGACACUGGGGUAUUUGUUUGGCACAAGAUUCCCACCAGCAUUAUGCACCUUGGAACUGAAUUCCAUUGAAAAUAAAUCCUCGGCUCCAAAUUCCAAGCCAUUGACGGAUAUUUUAAAAGAUGGACUACUCUGGGCAGUACCAAAAAGCCGUCGGUCUCUAGAGAAACGUAUGAAAAGAAAAUAUGGAAGCCCGGAAUACAAUUGGAAGCCUUUUGUACCAAAAACAAAUAUAGUUCCAUGUAUUACUUGCGGUCUUGAUCGCGAGGCUGACAAAUUGUGUCAGCAUUGCUACAACAAAGUAAAAUUAGAGACCAAAGAAAUGCAGGAGGUAAUUGUCAAUACUUUGGGUCUCGAGCCGGUCGAGAAAGAUGUGGUGGUGCUAUAUGAAGGAGAGAAGGAUAAAAAACCAGCGGAAUUCUGGAAAGGACAACGCAUUGUCGAGUUGCCUAAGCCAAGACCUGCUUGGUUCCAUUCAAACUUGAUGCAGCCUACCACUCAAGAGCCUUCACAGAGCACCGAAGUAAAACCUACCGAAUUAGCUUAA